AUGAGUAUAAAAGGAUCAUUUACAGUUAAAAUUAAAAAAAUCAUGAAAAAAGUUGCAAUAAAAAAGUUUAACAAACACCAAAAAAUUACGGAAGAGGAGGAGGAAUACGGCCUGGAAGAGGCCAGUUUGAAGAGCAUUUUAAUACAUUUAAAAGAUUUGAGAAAGGUGUUACGUCAGCAGCAAGAACCUGGGAAAAUAUCUUUGGUCUAUAUGAGAAAUUACAUGAGACUGAUGUUCAUAUUUCCACGCACUUGGAAAGGUGAAUCUCUGCUUUAUAGAGUCAUAAAUAAAUUUCUCAUGAUAAUGUUGAUCAUAUUUACUGUAAGCAUAACAUUUGAUCUAUAUGAAGCCUCUCAAGAUGUUUUACAAUUUGGUGAAGAUUUAGUGGUUUUAAUAGGGAUCUAUUUAAUUUUCUUUAAACUAAUACUAACAGCAUAUUAUGCUCAAGAUAUUGAGUAUAUAAUAUGUGAAUUUGCUAAAAUGCAUAAAUAUUUUAGUCAAUUGAAAAGAUCUCCAAAAAUUUCUCGUAAAAUACGUAAAUUGCAGCGUUUAUUUUACAUAGCCGAAGCUAUUUCAUUUUUUCUCUAUGUGAAUUUGGUAAUACUUUUUUCAGCCGCCAUUUGCUUGCCACCCAUCUUGACGCCUAAUACUACACCCUAUAGAGCUAAAUAUCCUUUUGAAUGGCAAUCGUCUGACGAACAUCCCAUACGUUUUGCCCUCGUUUAUAUAUUUCAAAGUCUUAUGACAUUAUUUGUUCUGCUAUCAAUUUUGGUCAUCGAUAAUAUUGGUUGUCAUAUUUUUACCCAGACAACAAUGAAUUUGAAAAUAUUUUGUAUUCUUAUUAGAGACAUGACCACACAGCCGGCUGACAUGGCUUUGGAGGAGUUGCAUAAAGUCAUUCAAUUUCAUCAGUAUAUUAUCAGUUUAAUUUCAAAAAUUAAUGUGGUUUAUUAUUACAACUAUACCGCUCAAAUGGCGGCCAGUACUUUUAUGAUUUGCCUAACAGCCUUUGAGGCCAUGUUGGCCCAGGAUCAACCAAUGUUGGCGAUCAAAUUUCAAAUUUAUAUGUUUUCGGCAUUUUCUCAAUUGUUUUAUUGGUGUGCUACUGGUAAUAUGGUAUAUUAUGAUUCUCUUGAUGUCGCCGAUGCUGCAUACGAAAUUGACGGUUGGUACGAUCAAUCAAAGGAGUUUAAAUAUUAUUUAAAAUUUUUAAUACAACGAGCUCAAACUCCAUUGGUUUUUCAACCGAAACCAUUGUUUGGCUUCAAUUUUGAGACAUUUUCAAGUAUACUAAGCACUUCAUAUUCGUAUUUUGCUCUUUUGAGGACAAUGAAUGACUAG